GUCACCUAAAUUGACGGAAUCACAUGCCACGUGUCGUCAUCCUGUUCCUCCUCUGACUUUCUAAACUCCAUUUUCAACGCCUACCUUCUCCUCCCAUCACAAUUCCCCCAUUUUUAAUGCUUCAUCAUUUUCCUGCUUCCAUCUUGAACUCGCCAUGGGCCACUCCUGUAGUAAAAGUGUUUCUGACGUCCACAGCAACAACACCAUUGCAAUCUCUGCACCGCCUUCCUCUGCCACUGCCAGCCCGUUUUCCAGUCCUCUGCCCGCCGAAAUAGCUCCCUCGCCCUCGCCGGCCACAACUCCGGGGAGGAAGUUCCGAUGGCCUCUGCCGCCGCCUUCGCCGGCCAAGCCUAUCAUGGCCAUUCUACGUCGGAAGACACGCAAGGCUUCCGUUCCAGAGCAGUCCCAAAUUGGGGAACAGGGCGACGGCGCGAUUCACCUCGAUAAAACCUUUGGAUACUCCAGCAACUUUGGAGCCAAGUUCGAGCUGGGGAAGGAGGUGGGGAGGGGCCAUUUUGGACAUACUUUUUGGGCCAAGGCCAAAAAGGGCCACCUCAAGGGAAACCCUGUGGCCGUCAAAAUCAUCUCCAAAUCUAAGAUGACAUCUGCAGUUGGAAUUGAAGAUGUUCGCAGGGAGGUUAAGAUAUUGAAGGCAUUGUCUGGGCACAAAAAUCUAGUUCAAUUCCACGAUGCAUUUGAAGAUGCCAAUAACAUUUAUAUAGUUAUGGAAUUGUGCGAAGGUGGAGAACUGCUCGAAAGAAUAGUGUCAAGAGGUGGAAGAUAUCCUGAAAAAGAAUCCAAAACUAUUGUUAUGCAGAUCCUUAGUGUUGUUGCAUUUUGUCAUCUUCAAGGGGUAGUACAUCGUGAUUUAAAGCCUGAGAAUUUUCUUUUCACAAAAAAGGAUGAGAACACUGAGCUAAAAGUCAUUGAUUUUGGUCUAUCUGAUUAUGUCAAGCCAGACGAACGUCUGAACGAUGUCGUUGGGAGCGCAUACUACGUUGCGCCUGAAGUACUCUACAGAUCCUAUAGUUUUGAAGCAGAUAUGUGGAGCAUUGGUGUCAUAGCAUAUAUACUGUUGUGUGGGGGCAGACCUUUCUGGGCAAGAACUGAAUCAGGAAUCUUUCGUUCUGUGCUAAGAGCCGAUCCUAACUUUGAUGAUACCCCUUGGCCUACCAUCUCUGCAGAAGCUAAAGAUUUUGUGAAACGGCUUCUGAAUAAAGACCACAGAAAAAGGAUGACAGCAGCCCAAGCUUUAACUCACCCGUGGUUACGAGAUGAGAGCCCUGAUGUGCCGUUGGAUAAUUUUAUUUACAAGUCAGUUAAAUCAUAUCUUCGUGCCACCCCAUUCAAGCGUGCAGCACUGAAGGCACUUGCAAAAGCAUUGACAGAAGAUGAGCUUUUCUACCUCAGGGCUCAAUUUAAGCUCUUGGAACCCAUAAAUGGAUUUGUGACCCUUGUUAACUUCAAAGCAGCUCUUUUGAGAAAUGCAACUGAUGCCAUGAGAGAGUCAAAUGUUGCUGACAUUCUAAAGAUGAUGGAAUCGCUCUCUCAUGAGAGAAUGGACUUCGAGGAGUUUUGUGCAGCUGCAAUCAGUGUAUAUCAGCUCGAGGCCGUUUCGGGAUGGGAAAGCAUUGCGACCCGAGCUUUCGAGUACUUUGAGCAGGAAGGAAACCGAGUCAUUUCAGUUCAUGAGUUGGUUCAGGAAAUGAAUCUGGGCCCUGCGGCUCAUUCUUUUCUUCAGAACUGGACGAGAAGUUCUGAUGGGAAACUCAGUUUUUUUGGAUAUGCAAGAUUUUUGCAUGGCGUUACAAUCCGUAACUCCAAUACAAGACAUCAUUAAAACUUAACAUACAGAAGCAGAUAGUUAAAUGGCCCAUACAAUUAAUUCCAUUUUUUCUUGCAUCUUCCAUUUGUUUUGGUACAGCUUCAAAAAUAAAAGAGUGGCCAUGCAAGAGAAACAUUAAAAAAGAAAGAAAAAGAGAGAGGCUGUAAUAUAUGUUGUACUUUUCCCACCACUCAGUUCGUUGUAAUCUUCCAAUGUAGAAAAAAUACAGAUUGUACUCAGGAUUACCAGAGUGAUUUGAUGCUCUGUUAUACUUGCAAAUUCAAAUUUUAAUGUAAACAAUA